CAGCAACUCCAACCAGAACAGCAACAACAUGCAAGAUGACUAGUCUUUCUGCAAAGGACAAGAACACAGUCAAAACCUUCUGGGCUAAAGUGGCUGGCAAGGAGGAACAAAUUGGCUGUGAUGCUGUCUCCAGGAUGCUGACAGUGUACCCUCAAACCAAGACUUAUUUCUCCCACUGGAAGGACCUGCGCCCCGGCUCUGCCCCGGUGAGGAAGCACGGAGCAACCGUGAUGGCUGCAGUUACUGAUGCUGUCAGCAAAAUUGACGAUCUGACCGGAGCUCUUCUGAGCCUCAGUGGGCUGCACGCCUUCACUCUGAGAGUGGACCCUGCUAACUUCAAGGUUCUGUCUCACAACCUCCUCGUGGUCCUGUCCACCAUGUUCCCCGACGACUUCAGCCCUGAGGUCCAUGUGGCUGUGGACAAGUUCCUGGCUGCUGUGGCUCUCGCCCUGUCUGAGAAAUACAGAUAAACUGCACACAGGAGCAGAGGACUGCAUUAUGUGCUUUCAUACGUACUACUACUCUGACUUUUAAUAAAACAUUGAAUGCAA